CAUUUUUGAGUGGCUUGAACUGGUUGCUUCACGGAGCAUGAUGGUUCGGAGAAGCUCCAAACUCCGCUCAUUGCUGCUCGUUAAACGCGUUGAUUUUUCUUUUCUCAUUAAGUCGAAAAUUCCUCCAUCAUCUCUUCAUUCAACUUGGUCAGUAACAUACUCCUCCUCUUUAUCAAAAAUGACAGCUCCUAGAAAACCGAGGGUUGACCUGGAGUACUAUGAACAGCCGAAAGUAAUCAAUUACUUUGAUAAUAUUAUCAACGACCUACGCAUUGAUUUAGAUAAAGAAGGUGCCGAUACUAGCUUUAGUGCUCCUGAUUUAGCAUACUUUACAGCCCAUUUUCAAAAGUUCCAGUUAGACCACAUCUGUCAUUACAGUAGUAAAAAAGUACAGCAACACCAACACAGUAAUACGGCUGCUGUUCCUUUCAUUUACUUUACAGUUCAUGAUUCAAUGACCUCGAAAUCACCACUUUAUACAAUUUUGAAAGCAGCUUACAAGUUCAAAUCUGAUUAUCAGAUUGUAGACUGGCGAUUCGAAGCAAACGAAGAAGUCACUACAUAUUUAAAAAUGGUAGAGGUGAUAAAAGAAUCAUUAGCCAGUAAUAACUUUGAGUUGAGUAUACCACGUAUUUUUCUAUACAAUAAAGAACCAGCAACUACGAAUGUAAAAAAGGACGAGGAAGUGGAUGAAGAAGAAGAGAUGGAGAAGGAAAAUGAUGAUGGGCGAGAUAAUUGGAUCUCAUCUAUACGACAAUUAGGAGGUAGAUUGAAUGAAUAACUUUGAAAGGUGCUCCUGUAACUAAAUGUUGACUUAUUCCAUAUCAUUAUUUUAGGUAUUCUUGUUAAGGAUAUUA